AUGAACAGCCACAUCAUCAACAUCACCACAAAGGUAGAAAUAGUUGAUUAUUUUUUUCUCAAAAUGGUAUGAUAAUAUUAAUUCAGGAACUAUUGCUUCAAGUAAAACUGCUAAUUCUUUUGUCUACAACUUGACCCAAGAAGGAGAAAGACUAUGCCGUCUCAAAAAAAUUUGAUCAAGGUGAUUUAAAAAAAUUUUUCUACAAAUUCAUUAUACUGUAUUCACCGCUAUCUCAAAAAAAGAUUAUGAAAAAAAUACUGGAAUCUCACUUCAAGAGAACUUUUUUUGUUAAUAUUCUGAAUAAUCCAUUAACUACUUUCUCACGACUUCGGGGAGCAAACUAUAGAAGCAAAUUUAGUAAACUCAGAUUUUUUUGAAGAAUAUUAAAAAAACUUUAAAAAGAAAUCGGCGUAAAGCACCAGCUUGGUGAGAAUCGAAAUAUGGAAAUGAAAGUUGUGGAGGAGCAAGAAAGGCUGAACAUUCAACUCUAAUGGUUUCUAUGACAAUCGGCCAUUUAGCAAAUUAAAGCCGUAAGGGUAAUAAUUGUGGAAAGUUUGCUCUAGGUUUCUCCUCUUCAGAAGUCGAUAGUGAAAUGUGAAUAAAAAACGCCUUGAAAAGUCUCUUCAGGAAUCGCAUAUUUACGAAGAGCUCUGGAAUUGGGCACCGACGACUUUUCUUUACUUUCUGCUAUUUAUUGUCAGUUGGGCAACGCUUACGUACUGCUUGGAGAGUACGAAACCGCUCUGCAAUACCAUACAUACGAUAUUUUGGUUGAAAGGUCAGUUUUUUAUUUUUAUUGAUUUAUCGAUGAAAACCGCAAAAAAAUGAAAAUAGAAAAUUCUUAAUAAGUUUGACAUAGAAAGCAGAUAGAAAAAAACACACGCUGUAGAAAUAAAAGCUAAAAAUCUAUUCAAAAAAGCUCUAAAAACUUAUGACCUUCAUCGUAAUUGUAGCCUAAAAUCUUCGGGCAUCAUGACUAAACUAAAAAACAGGAUUGUUCCAUUUUUUUUUCUAUGUACACGGACCUCGGUAACAAAAACCGGACGUGCUCCGGACGUUUCUGAGCAAUUCUAUAAAUUACUCAAGAGGGCUAAAGCUACUGAAGUAGUCACUAGAAAUACCCUGACAGGUCCGAUUCGUGUCCGGUUCGCCAAUUUCCGAGUAUAUACCGGAGAGUUCCACAGAGCAAAUUUUCUUAACAGCAAAUUUUGAUCAAAUUCUCCGAUUUUGUCAUUUUCCAAAGUAUGGCAAUGUAGAACUUUAAUUGCGUGUUUGCAAAACUGAAUGGUUGAUAAAAAAACUUAACCGAGAGACCGCUUUUCCAGGUUGAUAGGCAACAAAGAAGGAGAAGCCAAAUCGUGUGCCAACUUAGGAAAUGUUUUCAAAAUCAAGGGAUCCUAUAAUGAUGCGCUCACUUUUACGUUUCGCCAGUUGGAGAUAGCAAGUUCUUUGAAUGACGAGGUUUUUUAUUAUCUGGAUGUCCAAUUGCACUUAAUUAUAUUCAUUCAGGUACUAGAAACACGGGCGCACUAUAACUUGGGGAAUAUUUAUAUUGAGCGAGGUCGGGAAAGAAAACUUGUGUUAACUGUCAGUUUCCAUUUUUUAAACUAUGUAUUUUUCAUGAAUUUCCAGGAAUCGAGCACGGAUGAACAAAAAGAAGAAGCCAUUGAAGAUUUUCGAAACUCUGUGAAACACUUCGAGUGAGAUUGAUGACUCAAUUAAAAAAAUAAUUAGUUGAAUAAUUUAUAGAAUAAACUUGGAAUUAGCCCAAAAACUCAAUGACCCUUUGUCUACGGGAAGAGCUUAUGGGAGCCUUGGAAACGCGCAUUAUUGUCUGGGCAAUUACGAAACAGCUAUCUCGUAUCACAAACAGGUGAUUUUCUCCUCAAAACUUUCCUUAAGAUCUAAGGACAUUGACAAGCGAAAGGCGAGAAGAAAAGUUUUGAAAGAUUACCGAAACCUGUUUUUUCAAAAUGUUUUCAGAACUCGUUUUUUAACUGUUUUUGUUGGAAACCACCUUUUUUCACUUUUAUUAGCUAUUAGCACUUUCCGAUUAAAAACUUAUUUCUUUUUUUGUUGCAGAGACUCGAAUUAUCCCAACAAUACGGUGACCGUCCCUCGAUGCGUCGAGCUCAUGCCAACAUUGCAAAUUGUCACGCUUUGAUGUCUAACGUUCCGAGUUCAAUCCAGCAUUACAGGUAAAACUCAAUCAGUAUCGCAUUUUAAAGUCUCGUUUUUUUCUUAUAGCUUUCCGAUAUCCGAAAGUUUCCAGGAAAAGCUUUUUUGAUUUUCUCUCUUUCAAAUAAAAAUUUUCUGGUUUUGCAAAAAAAGCGUGCUAAACUUAACGGAUUCUGGAAAUUUAAAAAGCGCAAGACGGAUUGCAGGAUAUUCUGUAAAAAAAGGGCGUUCCUUUCGAUUCAUGUUUAUUUUAGCUCAAGGCAAAAAAAUGGUAAAAAAAAAGACUUUCACUCGCAGGUUUUUCAAAAUAUUUGUCAUUUCAAAAAGCCUCUGUAGACAUAUUUUCUUUGCCUGGUUGUUCCCAAAAAAAUGUUUUGUAAUAUUAACUUUUUGAAGCAACCCCAUACAAAUGAAUCAUUUGCAAAUUGUUAUAUUUGCUUACAUUUUGCGAUUUAAACCAGCUUGGCGAUGAGAACUGAAUCCAACCAAUAAAAAUACUGUUUUUGAAUAACCGUGUUUUUUCUUUUUAUAGUUUUUGAAUGAACAUCCUGGGGAUUCUUAUAAUUAGGCAGGUCUUCAAGACUUUUUCGAUGAAAUACGAAGAAUCGCCUUUUGAGCCUUUCCAUAGAAUUUUUUAUAGAUGUGCAUAUUCGCUGGCCUCCGAAUUAGGGCACACGGCUGAAGAGGCUCAAAUGGCGUACUCACUCGCCAACGCCCUUUACAUUUCUAAGGACAUAACCGGAGGUUCGUUUUUCUCUUUCUUUCUAUGUUGUCCUCAAUCACUUCAGAACAUGAAAACAAGGGGAGGGGGGCGUAAAAGUCAUUUUCUUCGAAUCUCCUGUCAAUUUCUUUUCUUAUCGUUGCUUUUUUUUUGUUCUGAGGAAUGCUUCAGGUCUUGAAUUUCUUUGAUAACGUUCCGAUCAAUGGGGUUUUUAUCAAGAAAAAAGGACAAAAUAUACUCGCGUCCUCUGGCAUUGAUAGUUGUUUGAUUAUGUGGUUGUGUUUAAUUUUUUUUCAACUUGCAAAAAAGACGUGAUAAUCUGAUAAGAGGCUUUAUUCGUUUUUUUAAAAAAAUUUAAAUUUAUUAACUAGGACUAUUUCACUGAAAGCUUUUUUUGAUUCUUUAAAAAAAGAACGAAAUCCAAUGGUAUAUUUUUUUCCAUCGUUGUGAAAUAUUCGUAACUAUGAGGAAGUCAACCUAUUUUUCAAAAGCUUUAAAUUUAAAUACGAAACAUUAAAAAUUUCUAUUUAUCAAAUUAUAUCUUCCUUUCGGAUUGAUUAUCUAAUCUUUACUUGUGAACAAAAUCUGCAAAUUCCAUCUUUUUUCGAAAAAUGUUUUUCAGAAAAAAAUCAGAAGCUUAGAAGAUUGGAAUUAAGACAAGAAUUUUCAACUCUGGAUAAAUAUUUUGAGAAGAAGCAGCGUUUCUUUUAAUUAUUCUGCUAUCUCGACUUCCUUAGGACUGAUUCAUAUUUUUCUUUCCGAGUAGAAGCAAUACUCAUAAUUGCAGAUACUAUGAUGUUUGCAUAAUUUUGAGCUCUAAAAAAACUUUUUGAAAUGUUUGAAAUUUAGAUAGAUAGUUGAAAAAAACUAGUUUAGCCUAUAAUUUGAUACGUUUUUUUAUUUUUAUCGGUGAAAUUUUUUUCGACAUAAAAAUUCAGAUUUAUUUGAACAAUCCUGUGAAAUAGAAAAUAGUGAAAUGAAGUUUUCUUUUUUCGAGUUCUUCUCCGAACCAAAAGUGAAGUAUUCUUGCAUGAUCGGCGAUUAUUCGUCCUCUAUUAAGCCGAAAAGCUCACAAGAGAAAUUGAAGACUAACACCGAAGCUCAUAACAAUAAACGCCGGGCCGAUGUUUGACGAGGCCCCAUUGUGUCAUUGUUGAGAGGAAAAAGGAGUUGAGACGAGUUGUCAGCCGAGCAGUGUUGUUGUUGUCGAACGUCGUUAUUCUCGCAUUCGGAAUGAUGCACUGACCCACGAAUUCCACCAAUUCUGUUUUAUUUUAAACUGGCGCCAUGUCGUCGUUCCAACUUUUCUUUUUUUCGCGUUUUGUUGACUCUUCUCAUGUAAUUAGAUCUUCUUUUUGGCUUGACUUCCGCCAUCAAAAAAUUGAAAAAAUUUUUUUGCAAAAAAAAAGAUAGGGUGUUGACUUUGAGAAACCAUUUUUACAUAAUUUUUUUAUUUUUAUAGUUUAGGCGUUGAAAUUUCAAUUUCCUUACUCAUAGAAUGAUCUGUCCAAAAGAGAGAAGAGCUUUCCCCUUGAAAGCAACAAAAAAAAGAACGAUAAAAAGGCUUAACAGUUAUUUUCGGAGAAAAAACAAUGUGAAAAAAUCUUUCAGAGAUCAAAAAGUGGUUCCACCUACUUGAGCGACCAUUAGAGUGGUCUGAGCAAGAUGUUUUUCCAAAAUAACUUAAAAAAAUUAUUCUACUCAACCUCUCUCCGUUAUUUUUUUUUAAGCGCUUGUUUGUUAUCCUGUUUAUAAAAAAAAUUGAAGUUUUUCAAUCAAAUUCUUUGAUGAAUUUCCGAAUAGAAACAAAGGCUCAGUUUCUUCAGUUAUUUUCUGAACUGGAAUUUCAAAUUCAAAGAAGAAAGUUCGAUGGCCCUUCAGAAAUAUGACGUUAUUAUUAUUGCAGCCUAGCAUGACAAAGGAUAAUUCCAUCCAACAUUUACCAACUUAUUUCUCCUCAUUUCGUUUCGGCAUAUUGCCACAUUACAUUUUUGGGAUAUGUUUGCCAAGAAAGAAAAACUUUUUCGCCCUACCCAACCUCACAAUGUGUCAAAUUUCAUUCAGCCUAUAGCUGCCUCAACUUCCGGCAGUUUCGGUUUUUUCCUUCUGUUUUUUCUUUUUUUUUCCAGAGUCCUUUUAUGUUCGUUUUCUUCUUCAUGCUGAUAAUAAGAGAAGGGCAACAAAUGCGACUCGGAAAUUUCGUCAGCUUCCUAGUUCGAUUUCUCUCUUCUUGUGCCUUUCCUGCAUCAUUUCCCAUAUCGCUUGUCUUAAAAACCAAGCGAGGGCUUUUUUUUAGUCUCUAUUCAGUUUUUAGGUUUUUUUCCGAGGUUUUUUCAAAUGUUCAGGUUCAACGGAUAAUUGAGUAUCAGCGAAUCUCUUGAUUUUUUUCUUCUCACAGAAUGAAGGGAGCAAAUUGAUCAUCGCUAAACUCGAGAGAGGAAAACAACACGUGUUCUGUUUGAGUAUGAAAAACAGGAAAUUCUUGUUCUUUUUCUGAAAUAUUUUUGAAACAAUUUCAGUUCAAAAUUUUAAUUUUAUCAUUAGACUCUAAUAAUGUUUUGAAGAUAAAUUUUGUUUUGUCCUCAGCUCUUCGAGUUACGAAGCUUUUUUUGUAUUAUAAGCCUUUAGAAAUAAGAAGUUUUGAGUAUCUUUUUUUUUCAAUGCAGAAAAUUGGCAUGCUUUCGUUUUGAAAAAAAUUGAAAGCAAUAGUUAAAAAAAAAAAGUUUUUUUUGCGAUCAACUAAAAGUUUGUUUCGCUUCGAAUUGCAAUGAUAUUUAACAAAGUGCGAGAACGCGUUUGAUAGAAAGCUGCGCAGAUGUUUCAUUUUUUUAUCCGUUAAGAUUCAUCCAAUAACCUCGCACUUAUAAAUGUGUGUUACAAGAGCUAACUUUUUCAAAUCGAAUGAAUAGAAAUUUUUCCUUUCUGAGUUUUCUAUAUCUCUACAAACUUCUCGACAACUAAAAAGCUCCAUCGGCCAAAAGAAUAAAUAAUUUAUUCGAACCAAGACAACAAAUAGAAAAGAAACAGCUAACUUUGCAGCUGUUCCAAAUUAUCUGCGCCACUUGGAGCUCGCGCGCCGACUCGAGGACCACGUGGGCCAAUUCCGUUCUCAUUUUGCCCUUGCCUUGGCAUUCUUCACGCUUCGCGACUUCCGAAAAUCCGUUUACUUUCUCAUACUUGCCCGAAGAGAAGCGUUAAAGGUUUGUUGACGAGCUUGAAACUGCCGAGUGAAUGAGAAGAGAAGUUCAAGCUUCUGAAAACGACUCUCAUAUCUUUUAGAGGCGGAAGUUUCUUUCGGAGAACUCAACCGGAUGGAAAAAGGCUGGAGAGUUCCAUUGAAGAUCUGAAAUAGAUAGAACGAUAAAACUCUUCGUUUUCAAUUUUUUAAUCUAUUCACUGUUGGCUCGAUAAUAUUAAAGAAAGACAUUUUUCGAGACUAGUAAACCAAAACGCGCAAAAAGCUUCAUAGUUAACCUAACGGUAAUUAAAUUAUGGAAUGUUUGGUUGGAAAACUUUUUUUAAUUUUUUAGGAAAAAUUCAUAGUGCGUUUCCAAUAGUUUUUAUCAAGAUUUGUGAGAUUAUGAAUGAAUUAUCAAGAGUAAAGUUACUAUUUUGUUAGUUUGAACUUUUUAACGGUAAAAAGCGCUGCAGCUGAUAAUUCCAAGUUUAUAAUUUUGUUUUUUCGCUUUUCCUAAAUGUUUCAAACAUGAAAAAAAUAAUGAAAAAAACAUGGAUUUCAACAUCAAGUUUCAAUUUCGGUUAUGUAAUAUAUUUUUAGCAAAAUAGGGAAAACCGCUUUUUUUCAAGGUCUAUACACUUAAGGAAUUAAAAAUCCCUUUUCAAAAAUAUUGUUCAAGAUUUCAAGAAAAAAUUAUCUGAAACGAGAAAGAAAACUUCUCCUCUCCCAAAAUAAUGGUUGUCCGAGCUUACAGCUUACAAAAUAAUUUUCAUUCAUUUUUUCUUUCACCCUUUCCAUUGCCCUUAUUUAAAAUUAAAGCCGAAUAUCAACUCGGAAAGGCGGACUUCAAAUGAAAAAAGCGGAAAUAGGCCAGCAUAGAAAAGCGCUUCUAAUUCGUAAGGCUCAUUAAUUAGUUCCAUCCAUGUGUUCCCCAUAUUUGAUUAGUGUAACUUUUGGCAGGCCGGCGGAUAGAUUGCGAAUACUAAUUGGAUAUUUCAGCUGCACGACAAGGGCCUACUGAACGAGGUUAACGAACUUCUCAACGAGGUUAUCAGAGAAGGCCGCACCGUUGUUGUCACCAGCGGUGGCUCUGAGGUUUUUUUUUUGAUUUUAUUUUCUGAAUUCAUCGUGAUGGCCAUUUUGCAGUUGAUCGUCGAUUAUUCCGCGGAUCCAAGCGGCUCCCAAGUCGAAUACUAUCAAACUUUCCUCUCCUUUUUUGAAGACGAUUACUUUGUUUCUGAUGGGUCGCAUGCGCAUGACGAAUGUCUACGCUCUUCAGUAACUGAAAACAAUGUGAGUUUCCAACCUUGAAACAAACUACUAUUUUUCACAGUACCUUGAAUUUUUAAUAAGCGACCUUUAAACAAACUUUUCAAAAUGUUUCUUGAUGUAAGAAAUCAAAAGGCUAAAAGUCCCAAAAUACAUCAUGAAGCGAUGAGAUAUGAUUUUGAUCAAUUCAAGACAUCUUCUUUCAGACAAAAUUCGAAAUUGUACUAUUUGAGAUUCUUUCUCUGGAACAGGGUAAAAUGCCCUUUUUUUGAAGUACAACUUUUGGUGAUAAAAUCCGGAAUAUUGAAGAAUUCAAUUAAACAUUUUUUUUUUUGAAAGCAUUUCUGUCGAUUUCAAGAAAGAAAUAUAAGCACUAACCUUAUUUUCCAACAAUGCCAAGAAUUGUCGGUUUGUUGCGUUGCUUCAAAGCGAAGUGCAAGACAAACAUGACCUCAAUAUUUCCAACCUUUUCUACAACGUUGAAAAUAUUUUGGCUUUUCAACCUUUUUUUUCGUUCUCUAGAGUCUCACCAAGGAUCAGAACAAGUCGGAGCGAGCCAAAGAAGACGACUUUUUCGAGCUUGUCUUGCGGCUGCAGUCGGAACGUAUGGAUGAUCAGCGCGCAGAUAUUUCAAUGCUCAACAGCACGCCUCAAGGCGUUCGUCAAUCUGACACCCAACCAGAUGACUCGUCAACGGGUUUGUAUACUUUGACUUCAAGUAUGAACCAAGAAGUUUCCGGGAAAAAAACUGGAAAAAGUAUUCCUCUAGAAAAACGCAAAAGAAAGUUUCGUAAAACAGACAGUUUUCAAUUUUCUUGCUAAUAAUAAAUAUAGAUAGAGAUUUUCAGUUUCUUGCUGGAUUUUUUUUUUGAGAGCGAAACUUGUCGUAUUUCUGUCCCACAGCCCAGCAUCUGAUUUUUAAAUAAUUUCUCUCCUCAUAAGAUCUCAAUUUAUCGUGUCAAGGCUCGUAAGAAAGCUUUUUGAUCUCUUCUUUAUUAAGUAGAAGGAUCUAUUUUGGAAAUAACUCUCUAGUAGUGAACGGAGUAGCCGACUUGAUUGGAAACUGAGCAGAAAACUCGCUUAGAUGUUCAACUUACCCAAACUUUAAGCUGGAAAUCAACUUGAAGAUGGUGCUUGGAUUUAUGAAAAAGCAAAAAAUAAAACGAAUGAUAAAGCAGUUUUUUUCAGCUUCCUAUGAGCUACCAGAAACGGAAAACUCACAUUAAGGAUAUUUUGACGUGAGACUCGAUGUGUAAUACCAGGAAAUUGAGUGAAAGCAUCGUAUUCCAUUAAUUUGAGUUUGGAAUCACUUUUACACCAUUGAAAAACACCAAAUGAGUAACGCUUAGCAAGAACUUGAACGCAAGAUGAUGGUUCCUCAUCGGAGGCGUUUUUCUGCUCUUCCGGACCGGUGGCGCUCCUGAGCCUCAGUUAAUUCCGGUCACGAUUGCCUUUCAAAAGCACUUCGCGCCUUGAAAAUUGUUCGCCUCUUGCACGGCUAUUGCUGUUUCUCAUCAUUCCAUUCUUCAUUUUUCUCGUCAAUGCUUCUUCUCACAUUUCUAUAUUUUUUUAGACGGUCCGGAAGCUUUGAUUGAUCUUCUUAUGAACGCUCAAGGACGCAGAAUGGAUGAACAAAGAGCUGCACUUCUACCCGGACUCAACGAAAACGGUCAAUGCAUCUUGGAGAAACUGAACAAGUGGGUUUUUCUCCUAUGAAAUGAAACUAAACGGAUUCUUGAGAAACCAGUAAAGAUUGCUCAGCUUUUUUGUUCAAGAAAUGAAAAAUUAAGAAGUCAUAUGAAAUUGAGGCAAAUCCUCAAAAUUCUCAAAAAAAUCGUCAUUAAAGAAUUUCCAUACGAAUUCUGAAAUCUAUCCUAAUUCUAAAAAAAAAUUAAACUUUCGGAUUCGUAAAAUUUUUCAUCUUGAGUAGGCGUAUCAAAAACGGUAGGAAACUCAAGGCUACAUAUCCAAAGAUGGAAAUUUGUUUGCGUCGGCACUCCUAGGGUUUCAUCACUUCUCGCCAAGUUUAAAUAAAAACUGCAAUUUUCGCUUAGACAUGCAGAAAGAAGAAAAUAACUCAAACAGACUUAAAAUAUUUUUUGGUCGAUUAAAAUCAAAAAAAUUAAACGCUGUCUCGCUCAAAUUUUUUUCUAAAAAGAUUCAUUGAAAAAUUUUUUUGAACUCCCAGUAAAACUGUGGAAGAAUUGGAUGGUCAUCUUGUGGAAUGGCUGAUGCGUGUUCAAAGUGAACGUAUCGACGAACAGCGCAGCGAAUUACCGACUCCAAAAAGCGAGUGUGGUUAGUAGAGCAAGGGCUUCUUUCUUUUUACUCGUACGUUUCUGCAGAAAUCGAAGAAGAGAGAAACCGUAAAAAGGAGAAAGACGUCACUGAGCUGGUUCUCCGCAUGCAAGCUGGACGUCUCGAAGAUCAGCGAGCUCAUCUUGAGCCGAAAACAAACGACAGGAAGUGA